GGUUUUGUAUGGCACGUUACUCGCUAUGUAACCCACACAUAUACAUUCUAAUCCAGGAAAUGUCUCGUACUCUCAAUUAAUUACCGCAAAUUUUGCUUCGUUAAAACAUUUACAAAUCGCUCGUCUCUCCGUGCCGCGUUAUUACUCAUUCCGGACGUGUGGAGAUUAUUUCGUUAUAAACUACAUGUCGGAUUGAACCUUUUCAUUGACUCAAAAUCGGUCAACUUAACCUCCAAUACUCCGAGGGCGUAUGAAAUAUUUGAGUGCGGUUGAACGUUUCGUUAUUUUAAAUUCUCAAAAACGCGAAUUCUAUCGUGAUUCCAAUAAUGAUCGAGAUAAAUUUAUGAUUUUUCUCGAUACUUUAAUGUGUACGAGCUACGUGUUCACCUUUGAUUCAAGAGAGAGGGAAAGAAACAAUCGGCCUAUUUUUCAUGUGACAGAAUCAAUUGACGGAUUGACGUUUAUCAAUAACAAUCGUGCCGUUACCGUUACAAUGAAAUCGCCCAACUGUUAAUUGUUAUAUGGGCAUGAAAUACUGGGAUUACUAACCAACAUUUUUGUGCUGUGUAUAUAGGAAAAGUACCAGCAAGAUGGGCAAACUUUUGUCAAAGAUCUUUGGCAAUAAAGAAAUGCGUAUCCUUAUGCUCGGUCUAGACGCAGCUGGGAAAACAACGAUUCUGUAUAAACUGAAGCUGGGACAGUCCGUCACAACCAUACCCACUGUAGGAUUUAAUGUAGAGACUGUUACAUAUAAGAAUGUAAAAUUCAAUGUCUGGGAUGUAGGCGGGCAAGAUAAAAUACGCCCGCUCUGGCGUCAUUACUACACUGGAACGCAAGGACUUAUUUUUGUAGUCGACUGCGCGGAUAGAGAUCGAAUCGAUGAGGCUCGUCAAGAACUUCAUAGAAUCAUCAAUGACAGAGAGAUGCGCGAUGCUAUUAUUCUAAUUUUUGCUAACAAGCAAGAUCUUCCUGACGCCAUGAAACCACAUGAAAUUCAAGAAAAAUUAGGACUGACAAGAAUACGAGACAGAAAUUGGUACGUCCAACCAUCCUGCGCAACAACGGGGGAUGGCCUGUACGAGGGCCUUACGUGGCUAACUAGUAACCACAAAUUAUGAGCGAUUAGUUAGUAAUUAACGCAUGGUUCCAUAAAACAAGUACACGCCUGCCUUGUGAUGUUUAUUUUUUUUUAUUUUUGAUUUUUUUUUUAAUCUCAUUGCCAGCCAAAUUAAAACUCUGCCGCAACAAGCAAAGUAUAGGUUGGUUGCUGGCCGGUAUAUAUCGUCGAGCGUAAUGAAUAUAAGAAGAAAGAGGUGAAUUAAGGGAGCUGCGAAGGCGAGAGAAGGAAGGUAGACGAAUAAGAAUAAAAAAAACAAUUGAAAACUAAGUAGAUGUCGACGAGCGAUGAAUUUUCAACUAUAUUGUACAGACGUUGCGGUAGUAAGUACAGUGAGUUGAUAAAGGAGAUAAUAAUAUUGAUGAUGCGGAAAAUGAGUAAAAGACGACGUGUAACAACAAACAAUGAGACGUGAAAAAAAAACACAAGGAAACAAAGCGUAAAAAUAAAAUCGCGCCAGAGUCGAAUUGACUUGCGUUUUCGUUGCCCAGCAGGAUCCAGGUUUAUUACAAGCGAGGUACCAAAUAACAAACACAAAACAAACACUAAAACCUUAAUAACGAACAAGGAAUGAAUAAAAAAAAGCCUGUAAAAUCUGUUACUAACGUAUUCGUUUUUCAAAGUUUAUGAAAAUAUAAGCUUUUAUUGUAGCCUAGAAGUAAGUUUCUUUUUUGUGUAAUGACGGUCAGGAGCUGCUUGCAUAUGUAUUUGUAUAACUUCGAGAAUUGAAGGAUAUCAUUUCCUGCGUUUACAUAUAUUUUCAUUCUUUGCACUCGCUUUUUUGUUCAAUUCGUCUAGUAUUUUUUAUGGUUACAUCAUUUUUCUCUUCACACUAAUCACAAAGUACGUACCUCGCAUACCCAUCGAUUUAAGUAACGUUAUUUGAUGUGUAUAUACCUCGUAUACACAUAAUAGGACGAAAAAGUACAUUCAAGGAAAGAAGAAAAGCAAUGGGAGCGAGACUUGGACGAACUUAUUUCAAAUUUUAUAUGAAGUAAAAAAAAGAGAGAGAAUAAAAGUAAGAGAGUAAUAUGAGCAGAAAAAAAGAAAAAAAAAAUAGAAAAUACCACAUCCGGUGAGCGUGUACCCCACUUGUUCAGCUACCGAAAUAACAUGUUGUAUAAAAUCGUUCGUUCCCCCCUGAUCUUAAGGCUUUUUGAUAAGAUAGCAUUUACUUGUUAGAAAGAAAUGAAAAAAAAACAACAACAAGAAACAAUGAAAUUACACCGUACCAUGGUCUUAUUUAUUCUCUAAGAUUAAACAAAAAUAUGAAAUAAUCGAACGAUCGUAUCGGCCGCUACAAAUAAUGUUUUGCCAUUACAUCUUUUAAGAAAGGAAAUAUGAUUAAUUUUUAAUAUCGGCGAAAAAUGAUUCAUUUUUUUUUCUUUGGAUAGAAAUGACGUUUAUCGUACCAAGUUUUUCGUCUAAUUCAUUCUCGUACCAUCAUAAUUAUUGAGAAAUUUCGAGUUAAGCAUAGUUUUCUACCUCAAAAAGUGUACAGGAUUUCACAUGGUCCAUCGGUUAUUCCAUGUCAAAUUCGACGUACCCGUAGCGCACAUUUUGAGAUUACAAUGAACAACUACGUCAAAGUUAUCAAAUUCUGAAAGACUUGGUCGUUUCGGAAAAAUUCAAAUGAUUAUAUUGUUGAACAUAUGAAAAGUCGAGUUUUGCUUUAUUUUAUAUAUUUAUUGUCAUCAAGGGAUAUCGAGAAUCAACCUCUACGACGAAUUACUAUUGUUUUCUACAUUUCCGAUCCACGAAUAAGAGCAGUUUUUCUGUUGUCGCUUAAUUUCUUAUUUGAAAAAUGUAUUUUUUAUUUACAAUUACUUUUUACGCACAUGAUUCCCGCCGAAAAUGAUUUAGCCGAUCGCCAUUUCGGUAUUGUUCAUUAUUUGACUCACUUUUCAAAGUAAAUCACACAAAAAUGGAGAUUAAGUACUAUACGUACAAUUUUUCCCAUUCUUUUUUUUUUCGAUUCGUUAGGUUUGACGUGCAUUUUUCAAAUAAUCUUAAAUAAAUAAGAUUCUUGAGUUAUCCUAAUAAUUUUCCAUUAUAUUGAAUUACUUCUUCAAGUACUGCAAUUUCGGUCAAUAUUUUGGACAUGAAAAUGUAUGAGUGAAAAAUAUCCUCAGGGAGAUAAAAAGAUGCUAAAUAAUUGAUGGGUGAUCGGAAAUGUAAUGUUACGUGUGCAUCAGUAACAUACUUUUGAGAAAAAAUUAUCGGAGACAAAUCAUAGGUAAAGGCCAAGAAAAAAAAUUCAUGAUUUAAGAGUAAUACAUACACUACUAUCAAGUCUGAUGCUUGUUAAUGACGAAACGUGAAUUUGUAGUAAUUUACUAACAUACGUAAGAAAAGAGUCGUAUUAAAAUUGCUCCGGAAAUUUUCCGGGGAAAAAGAAACAAACGACCGGAGAAACAGACAGAAAUUUGUCACAUUGACAAUUAACUGCAUUCCAUAAAGAUGAGAUACUAUCGUGAGAUCUUUCAAGAGUUUCAUUUUUCCUUUUUUUUUUUUCAUGUUUGUGAAUAUAGCAAUUCUACGAGCAUAAAAACGGUUGAUUGUCCGAUUCAUUACCACAUCGACAAUUAGUUUUGCGUUUUCAAUAACAAAUAGAUAUAUAUAUAUAUAUCGGGACGAGAGAGGAAAAAAUACCCAAACGAACGAGAAUUUGUAUUGAAUCGAUGAGCUUUCUUCUGAGAACGUUUUUUAUUAAUGAUAUUCCACGAAGCAAAUGUGAGGAACAGUGAAUAAAAAGACGGAAGAGAACGAGCACGAGAAAAAUUCCCAAACACGAGAAAAUUAUAAUUAUGUCUUUAUACACAUAUGUCUGUGCGUGUCAUUCCACAUGAGAUUUGAACCCUUUUCUUAGGACUUUUUAAAAGAGGCUCAUUCGUAAAUAUUAAUAACAUGUAUUUCCCUUUUGUCUUUUACGAUACACACGCGUGCACACGCAUACAACUAUCGUGGGGAUUGUGUUAAAAUUCUUUUGUCUUCUCUCGAUGUGACAGCAAUAACGAAACUUUAUAUGAAAAAAAAAAAAAAAAAAAAAAAAAAAAACGAAUGAUAACCAAGAUGACAAAAUAAACGAGACAGCAAAUAAAUAUUUACGAAAACAUAAUACAUGGAGAAACUUUUAUAGCAAAAAUGACUAUGUCUUUAUGGUAACGUCGAACCAUAUCGAUAUAAUAAUAGAGAGCAUAGUAUAUCGCUACAGAGUGUAUCAAAUAAUGCAAAAGUUUAGGGAACCAUUACCACAAUCAUCCAUAGUAAAAAACGCUUUGCUCAAUAACAUAGCAAAAUUCAUGCGCCCACCAAUUAUAUGAGACGUUGCGAGUAUAAACAUGAAAAUUAACUAGUAGCACAUAGUAAAAUUUCAAGCAAUCGCUUCGUUCAUAAGCGGACUUUGUGAAGUAAAUCUUUGUCAAAAAGAAAAAUUACUUCUUUUCGAACGGUGCGACUCAACAAUAGAACAAAAAUUUUCGACAUUUCACCAAUUUUUUCAGUCCAAUUCACCAAUAUUUAACAUUUCACUAAAGACACGAGUGACAUUUACAUAUCGAUACAUCGUUCGAUGUAAGAAUGUCACAGAUCUAAAUUUUGUCUGUCCUACAUAGUAAAAUUUGAGAGAACUGCUUUCGGCAUCAAAAUUACUAUGCAUUUUGGUGAAAUGUAAUAGAAUGGCGAUAUAGAACAGCGCUGCUACAAAACAUAGCAAAUUUUUCUAGCAAAUUCAUCCGAAAUAUUCGUAUAAAAGUCUCUCCGUGUAUACUUGUACAUGUUACUAACCAUAGUGUUGUAACGUAGAUAUACGCAUUCUCAUUUACUCGAUGUAUAUACCGAAAAAUAACGAAAUUUAAUGUGUAAAGUUAUAAACAACAAUGACGAUUGGAAAAGCAGUCGGAGAAACAUAUGAGGGUACACGCGGAUCUUUGGGUGUGUUAUUUUGUGAUCUAACUUAUUCGCGUGAGGAAAGAAAAAAAACCCGGAAGAUAUUAUGUACAAUUGUUGUUUGGCAGGAUGUUUGUAAUUCAUUGAUCUUGAAAAUUUGUAUUUUUUUCUUCCAAUAUCUAUAGACCGUGUCGAUAACAAGUUCAAAUUUUUUGAUACGUUAUAUUGAUCGAAUGAAUUUUAUACAUUAAUCAGAAAAAAAAGAAAUAGAAAAUCAUGGUUUUCGUUUCAUCUGUAUCGAUCGUUGAUUAUAUUAUAGUUAAAUUUCAUGAAGUUUCUCGUAAAUUCCAAUCGAUUCCAUGAUCUUAUUUUCUUUUUUCGAAUGACGUUUAUUUCCCAAGAUUCCCCGUGCUUUCUCGCCAUGUCGAGUCUUCCACGAAAGUCACGAUGGACGAUUAAACGAUCCAUCAAACCAAAAGUAUAUGCUAUUAUUAGUAUUAUAAACUUCCAUAUUUAAGAAAGACAAAUCAGUCACGAUAAAAUGUCACGCAAACGAUGGAUAUUUUAGUAUUUUUCUGGUAUCUUAACCAUUUAUCCAUUUUCAAGUAUCCAGAAUAAAUAUCACCCAGACGACCACUGUGACCAUGGCUCCUAAUCGUCGUGGAUAAAUGUUUAUGUUGAUCCAAGGUUACGAAAGAAAUGAAAGAAGAUUAAAAUCA